GCUGUACUUUCCUGGAAACUGCUGCCUACUCAUAGACCUCUCCAUCACUCUUGACAGAUCUGCAGGUGUUAGGUGGAGUUAGCCUGAAACAGAUACAAGUUUGGAGUUAAGGAUAUCUAUUACAAGCUAUGUCUGGAAACCAACAGCCUCAGAUCAGCCUGCCUACGUGGCGGUACAGUGAUUUCAAUGCUGCUAUUCCCAUCAAGAAGAGGAAGUACUUUGUGCUGCCUGAAGCUGCAGGAGCCUCCUCACCACUUUUGGAUAUUAAUCCUCAAACUAAAGAGCGAGUUGAUGAUGCUAUGAGGGCUUUGGAUUCAUCUGAUAAGACUCAUGUCAAUCAGAAAAUCAUUGGUGAGCCUUCGUUGUCUUUUUCGGUUGGAAAAAAUGCUGAUAAACCGGAGAGUGUUGGGAACUUAGUUCCUGACCAAAUUAGAGUGAAACUUGAGGAGCCAAUUAACUCUAUUCCUUUGGCAGUCCCUGAGAUCCAUUCCAGUUCUGACAUAGUUGGCAAUUCACUGGGAAAGCUUCCUAUGGGUGCUGAACAACAGUCUAGUGUACUUGUCAACUCAGAUAAAACUGUUCUUAAGACUCAUGACAUUGUUAAGGAGACUUGUGGCGAUGAAACUCUCAGAGGAGAGUGUCAAACACAAGCAUCUGCUGGUAAUGUUGCCUUGCGGUUAGGUUCUAUAACCAAAAACAAUUCUCCAUACUUGGAGACUCAAGAGCCGACAGCACUGAAUUUGUCGUUAAGCAAGGGAGUUUGUGCCCCUCAUGACCCGGAUUUUAUCUCUACUUGUACCAAUUCUGGCAUUCACAAUGUUGUGAACAGAUCAAAUUGGGAUUUGAAUACUACCAUGGAUGCUUGGGAAGAUGGUCUUGAUCGCAAGACUAGAGUUAAGACAACUGGGGAAUUCUUAAACAGUAACAACAACACAGGUUGCCCUGACAUGGAGACAUCAACUUGCCGUGAUACGAAUGAUAUUGCAAAGUCUGUUUCUGAAGGGGUUAAGUCUCCUACAGUGACUUUGACGCAGUUUGAUCAUCCGGUUAAAUCUACUUGUUCGCUUAGUCUAGGCCUCGGUUCAUAUCCUCCUAUUGAGAAAUCUCCUUCUCUAUCAGCUACCACAUCGGAGGCAAGAUCUGCCUCUACAAGUACUUCAAGACCAGUUGUGAUUGCUGGUAAUGUGAACUCGGUAAACCUUAGGACUGUGAAGUCAGAAGUCAUUGAAGAGAGUGUUCAAGCUGAUCCGAGUGGGCCAUCUAUUAACAGGGUGGAACAGGAUGUUGUUGGUAGAUUCAGACAAGAAAAUAGUCUCGUAUCUGGCAGUUUGAAGCCUGUGGAUUCGAUAUCAGUAAAGGCUGAGCCAAACAAUUUCACUCAGUCCGCAGGUUUCAAUAGGAAAGAUGGAACGUUGAGUCAUCCCCAUAAACCAUUAGUGCAAUCAAAUGAGAUCCUUGAUUUACCUACAAGUUCUACGCCAAAUCAGAAGGAUAAAUGCAUACCUUCUCCUAAUGUUAUCAGCAAUGCGCUAAUGUCCUUGAGUAGAAUGGCGAGAAAUCCAGGCGUACAAAGUUAUCCUGAUUCUUCAUUAAAAAGAAAUCCAGGCCAGAGUUCUGGUCGUGGAGAUCAUAACCUCAAUGCUUCAGGUGUGAAUGAUUCCGUGACUAAUGAUAAACCUCUACAUGAUUGCAAGACCUAUGUUUCUCCUGGCACUGAGGAACUUCCUAUAAGUGGUGAAGAAAAGGUCACUUUAUCUGGUAAGGACGUCCAAAGACAAGUUUCCAUGCUUGCAGAAGGUUAUAAAAAUGCUGAGUGUGGUUGUUCUGAAACUGAACAAAGGGAUAUUUCUGUUCCAUUUGACGGUGACAAUCAAAAUUCUCACCACGUGGAAGAAAAAGAGAGUGAAGCUGCACUUCUCGGUAAUACAGGUUAUAAUGAAGGCGGAAUAGUUCAGGGUGGUGAACAGUCAACCCAUCAAAUCAUUCAUGCUAGUGAAGGAGUUUCAGGUGUUUCUACUUUGUCAGGCGGAAACGGUGAUAACCCUGAAACAUUAGAUAACAACAGUCCAGUUUCAUACAAGGCAGACAUUUCUACUUUUGACGAUGAUCCAGCUGCGGAGUUGAGUGAAGGUAGUCCAAGUCGAAUUAAGACACUAGAUGCUUCAGAAAGCUUCAUGGAAAGAGAUAGAUUGCCUGAUUUUUCACUUGGACAGCGGAAAUAUCAUUCGAGAUGGAGUGAUGAGUCCUGCAGUUUCUCGCGUGAGAGAUACCAUGGCAAAUCUAUGAGAAGCCCAAGGUUAAAUUUCAUGCCCCACAAAAGGAGGUUCUCUGAUGAUACAGAAACAAAUCUGCAUGAGCGGGAUACAAAAAAUUUUGAGUCUAAUAGUUAUGAAAACACUCGUCGGGGUCGUGGUGGCGCUUUUACGUUUAAUUCGUAUAGAGGGAGACGUCCUGCAAAUGAUGAAGGAACGUCUUUUCCACACUCCUUUACAAGAAGAAACGCUAGCUUUUCAUAUACUCAAAGAGGACCAACAAAUAAAGAGGAUGCAUCUGAGUUUCAUGGGUUUAGUAGAGAUGGUGAAAGACAGUCCAACAGUUUUAUGAAUCAGUCACGUCCCUAUCGAGGUCGGAAUAGUUUUGGUCGAGGAAGAACAAAUUUUACAAACAACUCCAAACGAGAAUAUCCUGGAUUUCGUUCAAGAUCUCCUGUUAGAUCAAGAGACAGAUCAGCUGGUCCGUCCACGUCAUUCAGGAAUAGAUCACAGGAAGAUUUCAGUGGGAAUACAGACUUUUCUCAUCGGAGAUCACCUUCAGGUUAUAGAACAGGGAGGUUAAGCUCGCCUGAGCAUUCUGGUUAUCAAAGGGAAGGCUAUGUCAGAAGGCACAACUCUCCUCCGCCUUACUCCCAUAGACCUUCAAAUACUGGAAGGGGCCGGGGUUAUGAAAGGGGAAGAGGAUAUGCAAGGGGAAGAGGUUAUGGAAGGGGAGAUGGCUUCUCUUUUAGGAAACCUUAUGAUCGUGGUGUACAUAGGAACCAAGGGAACUUGAACAACUUUGAUCCUCGAGAAAGGGUGGACUACAGUGAUGAUUUCUUUGAAGGACCUAAUCAUUCUGAACGAUUUGGUGUUGAUGAUAAUGCUGAGAGAAGACAAUUUGGUUAUAGACAUGAUGGUGGCAGCUCUUUUAGACAGUCUUUUAACAAUGAUGGUUGUGCACCUAGUAAUGUAGAGAAUGACCCUGACGCUGCGAGAUUUGGACAGAACCCUGGUAUUGAAAAUAUGGGAGAGGAAAGGAAUUUAAUGGAGACUGAUGGGAAAAAUAAGAAUUCAACUGAGAAUGCUUCUGGAAGAAGUAAGAAUAUGGAAGAGGAAGAAACUUCAAAGCACAAUGAAAUUUGGCAACGGGAUGAGCUUGGUGGUGGUGACGGGUUUUAGAAGAAAGAUUAUUCUUCAGUUUACAUGAAUCUUCUAAGACCAGGAAGAUUCGAGUAUAGUGAGUUUGGUACCAAACGAAAACUCUGUGGCCAGUUAGUGGCUGGUAACUGUGGUCAUUCCAAUAGCUGAUGUGACGAGACACUCUGCUAUGACGUCUUAAAAAGUUGUGAAGUUGGUCAUUUCUUGGCUGUGUAUAAUAUACAGGUCUUUUCUUGUGGUGUCAUCUAGAUUUUGUUGCCUCUCGUGCUGUGAGCAGACUUCAGUAUUAUUCUCUGCGCUGUAGCACUGUCCGUGAAUGGAUAUAAAAAUGAAGGAAGAUGGUGUGGUGUAAAUACAUGUGAGAAUUUUUCAGGCUUGUCCAUCAUACUCGGUAAUCCUCAGCUGGCUUUUGACUGAUGUAAUAGAUAUUAGGCCAGGAACGACUAGAGUAUUAGAAGAGACACUUUCCUCUUGUUGAAAUACAGGCCAGACAUCUUAGCCUCAUAAAAGUUUUUAGACAGAAGGAAAAAGUGCAGGUUUUUGAUGAAUCUCUUUGUCAAAGCACUAGAAUGCAGCAUAGAAUGCAGCACUCGAAGUUGGGGUUGCCAAGACGAUAAUGAUCCCCACUACAUGGAUAAGCUAUGACUGUUUUUGGCUUAGAACAUUCAUUUUCAUCUGGAGUAAUCCCAGAUAAUGAAUUCUUCUAACAUGAUGUCAUCAGUUCAGCGUUAGGUACGUCCAAGAUAAUUUAUAAGUACACGUCUUUGUGGAACUUGAAGUAUAAGCUACACCCAGCUUGCUUGAAAUGUUGAAAUAGCCACUGAUUUAUCUGCUGUUAGAACCGGGUUUACUGGCUAUGGACAAAACAUACGGGAAACUGCUUGAGUUGCAACGCCUUUGAUCUAUUGGUUUGGUUACUGGCUCCUUCUCUUUUUUCUCACUCCAUGUGAGUUUGAACUUCGAAGGUACAUCUCACCAUAGGUAAAGACUAUUUCUGACUGAUGUUGUAGCUUAAUCCAGUGUAGGCAUGCGAAAGAGCCAUGCCAUGGAAUUUUCCGCCUAGUUUUAAUCACUAGGUGUUGGUAAUGAGGGCAUAAAGUGUUGGGAACUAGGAGAGAGUUCAUCGUUCUGAUUUGGAAUUGUCUGAGUUUGUAUAUUAGUUCUUAUUUGAGGCAAGUUUAUGAAGCUUUUAGAGGAUAGAUGUAUUUCAGUUAUGAAACCAUGUCUUAACCUUAACCAUGGUUUUAGCAAAUCUUUUAGCAUACAUGUCAUAUGAUUCUUCAUAGAAUGUUCAAAUGGUGCAUUUUGAACAAUUUUUCCAACAGAAUAAUAAAGAUAUACAACAAAGAAUAAAGGGAAAAUACAGAAUACAAACAAGUGAAACAAAGUUCAAAUCAGUAUCAAAGAUAGUUUUGUUCUUACCUCCUCUUGUUCUUGCUGCCCAAAAGCAGAGAGAAGUAAAACAAGAUACGAAAGAAGAACCCCCAAGCGACCGUGACCCACAAGCAAUUCCAUUUGCUGAGAUCCGUAACACCUUGCUGCUGCAAAAUAUCAUAUCCUGUGGUCAAGCAAGUUGAGCUCGUGAUCCUCAUACCAAGCGACUUGCUCAUAGUUGACAGAAGCUUAACUUUCAUCCCCUGAGGCACAGUCGCCAGAGGUGUGUUAUCAAAUAUCUGAACUCCUCUGAUGAAACACUUUGUUGGGUCGCUGAAUUCAUUAAUGAGAACAGCCUCGUAAGGGUACUUGACUAAGGAAAUGUAAUGAAACCAGAUCCAGUAAGCAGGGAUACGAUCUCUGGUGAUGAAGAAGCCACUGAAAAGCAAGAAGUAGGCUAAGAUAGCAACCACAAUAGUGUAACCAAUCAUUACUUGUGGAACAACGCCUGAUAAGAAGGUAACGAAUGAGCUUCCUGCCCAAAAAGCUGCCAAGACUAUCAGAAAGUAGAACAGGAACCCCAUGGGGCCUCCAUCUAACCCCACGGCCCAGAACGUAGCUGCUGAGAAAGAUAGCGCGAGGAUGAUCAACGAAGGAAGCGCCACGAGGGAGUGAGACAACACAUAUGAGGAUCUUCUGUAAGCGUUGUAAGCAGUUUCCCUCAUGAAAAUGAAGCGUUCUUGAAGGAAGACAGGUAGAGCGUCUGCGCAUGUGUAGAACGUCGUGGACAUCGCGAAUGCGAAGAAUCCAAGACGUUCUUGGACUCCUUUAGGGGAGUCAUCCAGCUGCCAAAACAUGGUAGCUAAUAUAAAUCCAGUGACUAGCACAGCUCCCAAACGUAUCCCAAACAGCUCAGGCUGUCUUCGGUAGUUAGUCAUGGAACGUUUCGCUAGAACCAAAAGUUCAACCCAGAACGGGUUCGCAAACGUUGGAAUGGUGGAAACAGGGCUCGAUCCGGAGCCAGUAUUCGUCGUCGUACUGGCUCCGGAUACGAGUUUCCCUUUGGAAAUACUUGCGCUGAUGGCUUCUUUAAGAGAUAAACCAGUCUGAUUCCUUGGCUCAGCUUUCCUCUGCCUAAACGAUUUAUUGAACUCAACUAAACUCCUCGUCCCACCAGCUGAUCCUUCCAAUUCACGGAUCAGAUCCAACGCGAACUCAGUUCGAUUCUCGUGCUCGGGAAUCGGGUGACCAAACUCCGCGAAGAAACGCGGGAGCAUCGCGGGGGAUCCACUGAACACCGUCUGUCCACGUGACAAAAAGAGUAACCUAUCGAGCAAACGAAGAAGCCGGUAGCUAGGUUGAUGAAGAGUCAUAACCACCAUACUCCCGCUCUGCGCGAUUCGUUUCAAAACCUUAACUACACUUAGAGCACUCGUGGAGUCGAGCCCCGAGGUCGGCUCGUCGAGGAAAAGAAGUAUCGGAUCGUGGAUUAUAUCAAUCCCGAUCGAUACUCUCCUCCUCUCACCACCCGAGAUCCCACGGUGACCUUCAUCACCAAUAAUGGUCUUCGCCGCGUUUCCAAGUCCUAACUGAUCGAUCAAUGCUUGAACUCGGAGACUCUUCUUCGCCUUCGAGAGGCUCCUCGGGAGACGAAACUCCGCAGCGAACAUCAGCGUCUCCUCGACCGUUAGCAUCGGAAAGAGGAGAUCGUCUUGCAUCACGUAAGCCGAGAUAGCUUUCUGCAUCUUCGAGUUCAGAACUUCUCCGUUAAGAGUCACGUUUCCUUUCAAGCUUCCUUUCGCGAUCCGAUUCGCUAAGGCGUCGAUCAGCGUCGAUUUUCCGGACCCGCUCGCUCCCAGGACGGCUAGUAUCUCCCCGUCGCGCGCCUCUCCGGAGAUUCCGUUGAGGAGUGUCUUCGUCUUGGGAGAGGAGAGAGGAGUAGAGUCUCCGAGGGUGGGAUCUGAGGAAGAAGGGACGCGUUUCCAGGAGAAUUUGCGGCGGAUUUUGACGCUGUAAGUGAGGUCGGUGAAGGAGAGGAGGAACGGUACGGAUUGGUUUGGGGAGGUGUGAUUGAUAUCGAUUUGAUGAUGCUCAGUUGAGGUUGUGUCGCCGACGUUUUGUAAGAGCUGUGCGAAGGUUGGAGAAGAGGAGGCGGUUGAGAAGGUGGAGAGGUGGUUAGGCUCAGGGGAGAAGAACGGUAACGACAUGUUGUCGUCUGCUGCUACCACACGGGACAUUGUGUGAAAGCGGGAAAUUAAAAAAAAAAUUAACGGUGUUUAAAGUACCGUUAGAAGGA